CAAGACGGGCCCACGUGGCGCUGUGGCCGCCGCGUGUUGCACGAGCCCAGAAAGAAAAGAAGGGGGCAAUAUAAGCAUACUCAAACCAAGAAUGAGAUCAACAUGAAAAUUGGGGAAAAAAGGGAGGUUCCAUUCUUUGCCGAGCCAAACAAAUGAAGGUGUACAAUCAGCAUUGCAGAUUUCGAAGCAAAAUCCCAAGCUGCCGUUUGCACUGCACACCUGCAAUUGGCUGGCGACCACUUCAGGGCGUCGCCCGCUUCUCGCCCCAACAUAGUUGCGAUGGGCCCGAUGAUGCCCACCACCCACGUGAGGAGGAGCGCUCCGGAAAGUGGAAGGAUGUUUGCAGCGUUUCAAUUCCUCACCACAUCUUUGAUCCAUUUUGUGGCAAAUUUUCAAGCCGCUGCCUACGAGAAAUCAAUUGUGUCAAGGAAACGUAUCCGGAGCAGUCACAAGACGAGAAACCCGAUCGCACCGCUGGACAUCUGAGAGCGGGAGCUGAAUGUUUCAUGGGGGUCACACGCUACCACCGCCAGAGCCUGAACGAGGACAAACAGGUGCCAGUCUUCUCUUCUCCUCUCUUUUCUGGUCUAGGAUGUCGGACGGCAGACGGCGAUCCAUGUCGGCGUCGGGCGAGUCUCUCUACGUGCUCCUGGGCGUGGAACCGGGCUGCGGCCACGACGACAUCAAGAAGUCGUACAGGUGAGAGGCGUGCCGACAUUUGGGCCGGCGGCCGGCUGUGCGGCGCCCGACAGCGUGUUCGCCCCGACAGGAAGCUGGCGUUGCGCUACCACCCGGACAAAAACCCGGACGACCCCGAGGCGGCGGAGAAGUUCAAGGAGGUGAACGCGGCCCACGCGGUCCUUUCCGACCCGGGCAGGAGGAACAUCUACGACGCUUAUGGCUCGCUGGGGCUGUACGUGGCGCAGCGCUUCGGGGAAGACAACGUCAGCGUCUACUUUGCGCUCACCACCUGCCGGGCCAAGGCUUUGUUGGCGCUGUGCGGGCUGCUGACGGGAUUUUACUGCUGCUGCUGCUGCUUUUGCUGCUGCUGCGACUGCUGCUGCGGACGCUUCAAGGCCACGCCCCCCGACGACCCGCAGGCGGAGACGCCUUAUGGCGACCUGCGCGAGGACCAGCGGGAGGGGGAGGAGCUUCCGCACGUGCCCGACGGGGAGACGGCAGACGCAACCGGGCCAGUCGUUGAGCAGCCGACCGCCGGCAACGAGAAAACUCAACUCAUCUCGGACGGACGCCGCAGAUAUGGAGACGCGUCGCUGUGACGACGUCAUCAACGCACGCCUGUCACCAGUCGGCUUCCUCUUCCUCUUCCUCUGUGGUUGUGUUGUCAGUUCUUGCCUCUCCGCUGUCGUGCCUCGGCUAUUUUCGAAUCGCCGCGUGCCGAUUUUUUUUUUUUUUUUUUUUUUUUUUACACAGUGGCCAGCACAUCCUUUGCGAUUUCCUUGUUCCUGUGCUCACAUGAUCGCAAUUUCAAUGUCAUCAAUAAAGUUGUUGAAGACAAAGUAUGUUUGCCAAAGCUGUGGAAAACGCCAUUUUGUCCCCCAGCUGUAUUUCCACAAUGUA